AUGAGUACAGAUUACGAAACAAUCAAAAGACAAGCUAUUGGUCGACAAGGAUUUAUUGGAAGUUUGUAUGAUGUUCGCAAUGAUCGCUUCGAAGGUCGAAGUUUAUUCAAUCAGACGAUUCCGUCAUCGUAUAUUUCAACAACGGAUUGUGCUCAUUCAACUUAUAUUGUUGAUGAAAAUGAAUCUCAAAAAGAUACAUUCAACAAUCUUAAUAUUGAUGCAUCGAUGAAAAUUAGUCUUAUGGCUGGUCUAUUUAAUAUCGAAGGUUCUGCUAAAUAUUUAAAUCAAACAAAAACCAAUAGUCGAACAGUCCGAGUAACACAUAUUCUUCAAAUGAAAACAAAAAAGGAUCAUUUACACAUUAGUAUGACUGAUUUGCAUCAAUAUUUUUCAUCAGAUGCAUUGGAGAAUCCAAAUGCAACACAUUGUGUUAUUGGAAUUACUUGGGGUGCAAAUGUUGCAGCUACAUUUGAAGAAAUCUUGUCUACCUCAGAGGAAGCCGCAGAACUUCAAGGUCAACUGUCGGCAUGCUUGAAAAAGCCAACAAUUGCUGUUAGUGGUGACGCUAGUGUGAAAUAUGUUGAUCAAAGUAAUUCCAAGUUUCAUUCAUUGAAAAUCAAUAUUUCUGGCGAUAUCAAGUUAAGCACUGUUCCACGAACAGUUGAAGACGUUUUUAAAGCUUUCAGUGAAGUACCAUCGAAAUUGAACGAAUUAAAUGAUGGAAAAGGACAACAACUCGAAUUUGAAUUAUAUCCAUUGAAACGAAUGGCUCAAAUUUUUAAAUAUGAAACAUCCAUUCAACGAAUCAUUAAAGAUAUAUCCAUUUUUCUUAUGAGUCGCCUUGAAGAUACUUUUGAGCAAAUAAUUCGUAGUAAAAGAAUACUGAAUGAUUUUCUUGACAAAGUUACACCAUGGCAAGAUUGGCUUGCAAUGGAUUGGAUUGAAGCUAUUACUACUAAACAAACAAACUUCAAUAGAAUACAAACGGAUACGUUGCAUCAACUUGGAACGCUAGUUGAACAGAUACGUCGGGGUGAAGUUGAUGAAAACAAAAUGGUCGAAUCGUUAGAUAAUUUCGACAAAAAUAACCCAUGUUCUGUCGUGUCCAUGCGACGAUUUUUGGAAGAAAAUUCGCGAAAUAUUAUCAAAAUUGAAGCACUAAACGAAAUCUGUCGAUUUUUACAAGAGGCAAAAGGAGAAGGACAACAAUCAACAGGAGGAUAUUCAAGCAUUCUAUUUCCAAAAAACACUACGAUUCGUAGUUUUCUUAAUAAAAAUCAUGAUUAUGAUAUUUAUCUAUUACAUAUUUCAAAUCAAUGGAAAGAAAGUGAUGAACGAAAUUGGUACAAACAAAUACGACUUUUCACUAAUUUGUACAAAGCUCAGACGCAAAACCAAACACGACAAGCGAUUUUUCGAGUGGUUGAUCAUGAUUUUCUCGUCAAUAUGGAUGAGAAGCCUGAUAAAUGUGUGAUUUAUCAUGCAAAUCGUGGAGUUAUCAACACAAAAGAUUAUUUUCAUACUUCGCUGGUAACUUUAUCUCAAGAUCAAAUUCGAGCAAUGCGAACGGAACAUAAACUUACAAACGUAACUAAUAAAGAAAUUGAAGCAUUGCACAAAAAAUUUAUUGCUACACAUCCUAGUGGUGAAAUUAAUGAACAGGAGUUUAGCGCUGAAUUCCAACUACUAUUUCCGCGUGGCGAACCACAUCGCUAUUGUAAUUAUGCAUUUAAGGCGUUUGAUAAAAAUAACAGUGGAACACUUACCUUUGAUGAAUACAUGGUAGCUUUUUCUUUGACGUUGCCGGGUGAUAUAGAACACCAACUUGCACUCACUUUUCAAUUGUGUGCUUAUCAUGGUCAAGACAAAGUCAGUAACGAAGACUUGCUUCAACUUAUGGAAGCCGUAGCCGAAUUGAAAGGUGUUGAUUCUAGUUCUAUAUCGUUUCUGAAAGAAAAUUAUGAUUUGUGUGUGGCUUUCUUACCAGUCGAAGUCAAGAAAACAGCAACCAGUCAGGAGCCCCCAAAACGUUUGGAUUCUCUUGGUGAUGACGAUCUUCUAUUAAUUAAUAACUUUCUUACUGAUUAUGAUAAUUCAGUUACAUGGCAAUUGACACACACGCAGAAUAUCGAGAGAAUAUUAAAACCAAAAUUAGAAAUAUUCUUCAAACAACUUGGUUGUAGUUCGGCCACCGAUGUUCAAAAUCGAAUCAACGAUUUAAUAUCAAAAUAUACAGAAGUUUUAACAAUUUGGAGAACACACUAUCAAAAUAUUUUUCUAGGAUUACAACCUUUGUUAAAAGAUGCAGUUUUAAGCAUCCGAAACGCUUAUAACACUGGAAAUAACUAA